AUUUCAUCUAAAACCAUCCAUCUCUUGCUCCUAUGGGGGAGUUCAUCGAUGAGGGUUUCAGCUGCCUCGAACCCUGCAGUGUCUUCAUGGCCAUGGAUUCAAGCAUGGAGCUGCUGUGCCAAUUCCCAGAGCUAAAUGACACUGCCAUGGAUCACCCAAGCUCGGGACUGAUGUGCUACUCUGAUGAGAACUCCUCAUCUCACCAGACCGAUGAGCUCUUGACGGCAAUCGUCGGUAACCUGACAAGCUUACUGCCUGCCACUGCAGCGUCCGCCAUUAGCUUUGCAAGCAACAACAGUGCUCUCUCAGGGACUGCAACGAAGUCAGCAGAAGCAAACCCUAAGAAGAAGAAGAAGAAGAAGAAGAAGAAGAAUGGCUGCAGGAGAAGCAGCUCGACGGAGGAGGACAUGCCAAAGGAGGUGGUUCAUGUGAGAGCAAGAAGAGGCCAAGCUACUAACAGCCACAGCCUAGCUGAGAGGGCGAGGAGGGAGAAGAUCAAUGAAAGAAUGAGUUGCUUACAAGGCCUGGUUCCUGGCUGCCACAAGGCAAUGGGGAUAGCAGCAAUGCUUGACGAGAUCAUAAACUAUGUGCAGUCGCUGCAGAACCAAGUUCAGAUGCUCUCCAUGAAACUGGCGGUCUGUGAGAGCAGCUUGGAGAGGAUGCAAGCUGCUGCAACUCUACAGGAAGAACCCAACUCACGCUUUGCACAAGACGAGGUGGGAGGAGGGUGUGGUGCUGCCUUCGUCUCUCCGAAUCACUUCUGACCCUUCAAUUUUGGCUCCUCUUCCAUCGGCUUUACCGUGUCUCCAUCUACUACGUACGUUGCAUGGCGCAUGUACGUGCAUGCACGCUUGUACUCCUCCCAACCACAUGUUCUACAUUAUAUAUACAUAAGUGUAUAUAUAUAUGUACAUCAUUUCAUCCUCAUCCUCUUUUGUUUCUCAUGUAUGCAUCAUCACCUUGUAUCCGGCUUCAGUGUCUUUGA